AUGAGUAAAAAAUUGCGUAUCUCUAUAUUAGAUCCUACAAGUUCUCCAGAAUUAAUAACCGAUGUUAAUUGGAAGUUAUUACUAGCAUGUACUUUUGGACAUAUAUUUAUGGCAAAAGAAGCACUUUCUCAAGGUGCAGAUGUUAAUUGUCGAAGAUCUGAUUAUUUAACUCCUUUGCACAUUGCAGUACAAUAUGAUAAUGUGUUUUGUACAGGAUUGACACCUCUUCAUAAGGCUGUUUUUCUUGGACAAAAAAAUGCGAUAGUAAAACUACUUGAAAAUGGCGCCUCAGUUAAUUGUGUAGAUAAUUUAAGCAGAUAUCCUUUACAUUAUGCUGCUCUUCAAAAAGAUGUUGACAGUGCCACUCUAUUACUAACCAAUGGCGCACAUGUAAAUGUUUAUGAUGCUUUUUAUGAAAGUCCUUUAUAUACCAGCGUUAUACGAAGACCUUUUCUUCCUAUGAUUAAAUUACUAUUAUUUCAUGGAGCUACUAUCUCAUCAGCACCAAAUCAAAUUUCAUUAGAUUUACUUCUUGAAACUAUUUUAUGUUUACGUUAUGAAUCAGAUAUGAAAAUACUUGAUAUUUUAUUUCAAAAUGGAGCAGAUGUAAAUACAACAGACCAUAUUGGUUUACGUACGCCGUUACACAUAGCAGCCAUGAUAGGAAAUACAAAAUUGGUUAUCUAUCUUAUUGAAAAAGGAGCAGAUUUAGAACGAAAAAAUAGUGCUGGUCAUACGCCAAUAGAUGUAGCUAUAAUAUGUCGUAAUUUUAAAAUAGCGCGAUUAAUAGAAAAAUCAUUUUCAAAAGAAUAAAAAAUAUAUAGGAUUUCGAGUAUAAUUAACUUUAUGAACGAUUAAAUUU